CAUGUGCGAAUGUGGAAUGUAAUUUAAAGCUGCAAACGAAAUAGCUUUACAUAUACUCUGAAACGAUUCAAGAUGGCGAAGUUAAAUUCAUGUUUGAUUUUCAUUGCCGUUGCUCAUUGCUUGCAUCAUUCGCCGAAUGCCUCGGAACCAGUGUGUUCUCAGUUCGACUAUGAUAAGAAAUUAAUGGAAUACAUAAUAGAAACGAGGCAUGAAGUGAAGGAGAUGGCGAAAGAUUUAAGGAGGACGGAGGAAUAUCUACUGGCUGUCUUGGAACACCGUAAAGUUGAAAUGGAAAAAUUGUCAGAGGAUGUGAAGGCCAAAUUGGAAAAAGGCAUGCGGAAUAUCACGGAAGAAGUAAAUAGUCUAAAAGGAAAAGUUGAAAAAUUGGACGUUCCAACAGUAGCUUUCAGCGCCUUCAACCCCGCUGACAAAAACUUACAGACCAAUGAAGUCCUCAUUCUACAGUCCGUUCUCGUCAAUGAAGGAAAUUGUUAUGACACUAACACGGGUAAAUUUACUGCACCGGUACGUGGCCUGUAUCAUUUUACGGCGCAUGUUUGCAACACUUUCGGAUAUGUGAUACAUUAUGCUAUUGUCAUGGACGAUGAAUGGAUUGUCGGAAGCCAGCAGUUUGAGCAAGCCAAUGAAAAUACCAACAAAUACGCCAGCUGUAACUCUGUCAGUGCACUAAUAAUGAUGGAACCGGGUGCAAAAGUCUGGAUUAUGUCUACUUCCGGAUAUUCUGAAGUCCAACAGAUUUACGAUGACGCGUAUCGCCGAAACUCGUUCAUUGGUGUUCUUCUUCGUAUAUAAUCUAUCGUGUUAAAUGGUUCAGAAUCCAAUAAGAUUAUGCAUAAUCAUUUGGCUUAAACAAUUGUUCUUUAUCACGCUUCCAUAUUCAAACAAUUGCAAAACGAUUAAAGCUUUUCUGACAUUGACCAGGGGAAAUAUUAUUUCGUAGUUAUGCCGUGUUUUGAUGUAUUUUUUCAAAAGCAAGACGUGAUUGGUCCGCAUGCUUAAACGGGACCAACUUACCAGCGUCCAAAGUCAUAGGCAAAUAUCCAUCGAUAUAUUGUCAGUGUGAUUUUUGUAGGCCGUUCAAGGGGAAACCAGCAUUAGAAGGUUGUACAGUGUAACUUCCGAAAACCGGACCUUCUGAAAACCGGAAACCUUUGAAAACCGCACGAAACUCAAGGUCUCGUUUUUUCUGUUCUUAUUUCUAUAUAUUUUUAACCUCUGAAAACCGGAACUUCCGAAUUCUGAAAACCGGACGAUUUUUGAAGCACCGUUUAUAUUUUAACACUAAAAUUGACUUCUGAAAAUCGAACAGCAAAAUAUUGCUGGAUUAAAAGUGUCACCUGAUAAUACAGAAACGCUGUCAACAUGUUCUUUUGUUUAUUUAUUAGAGGUGCGCGUUUAUUUUGACACGCUAUGUAAUCACAAUGAUUAUUUGAUGCAAAAUAAGGAAGUAAUUAGCGAUUAUUUUCAUUUGUAUUCAAUUUAUGAAAACGUGAUGAAUUAAAUAUCUUAUGUGUUAAAAACUUUCUUAAUGUUUGAACGAAAGAAAGAUAGAUGUUUUAAAUGAUUUAGUUACAUCGAUUAAACUAUGCUUUAUCAACAUUAAUUAAAAUUUAAUGUAUUCGCUUUGUGCAACAACACCAUUGAAUCUGUCCAUUGGUUGAUAUUUACCACGUAAAGUGGUUUCACUUUGGUGUAUUUUGUGUAGACUGUGUUUAAACGGUAUUGUUUUCAGAAAUUAAUAUUAUAAUAAAUGAUUACCGGCCAAAAUUUAAUGGAAUAAUGCAUUCUGGGUGAGACGUAUUCAUGUGUUGAACAUUUUCAUGACAAAUGAAAGGAAUUCACUGCCGGGCAUUGGGAAAUCUAGUUCAAAGAGAAAAUGUGCCCGGAAGUGAAUAUCAAUAGCUAUAUUUCUUGCUGUUUUAUGAAAUGACUUCCAAGGGCAGUUCAAUAUUUUGAGAGGCCCAUAACCCAAAAUAUUACAAUGUGGGCCUAUGGUAAUUUGUUCUCUUUAACAAACAUCUGUCUCGUUCCGAUGAGCACUUAAAGAUCUCGAACAAGAACGGAUAAGAACCUGAAUAAUCAAGACUAAUAAUGGCCACCGUUAAUGUAGAUUUUCCAGUCAUUAAAUAUACAGUAACACAAUCCAUUUUCUAUGCUUGUCAUGAACCGUUCUGACAUCCAAGUUGUAUUUUGUCAUAUAAUUCAGUCAAAUAUAUCUAUUGAACUGUGGAUAAUAUCAUGGACAUGUC